CCUACAGUCCGCCGUCUGGCCCGGAAGCGGAGGAGCACUGGUGAUGAGGAUCCACCACCCCUGAGUCUCAGCUACAAGGUUCAUGUAGCAUCAGUGAACAUUCCUACAGCUGCAGGCCUGGCCUCUUCAGCAGCUGGCUAUGCCUGCUUAGCUUAUGCCCUGUCCCAAGUCUAUGGAGUGGACAGUGACCUCUCAGAAGUUGCUCGUCGUGGCUCAGGCAGUGCCUGUCGUAGUCUACAUGGUGGCUUUGUGGAGUGGCAGAUGGGGGAACGUGCUGAUGGGAAGGAUAGUGUUGCCCGGCAGGUGGCCCCUGAGUCACACUGGCCUGAACUUCGGGUUCUCAUACUAGUGGUGAAUGCUGAGAAGAAGCCAACAAGCAGCACGGCAGGUAUGCAGACAAGUGUGGAGACCAGCACUCUGCUCAAGUUCCGGGCCGAGUCUGUGGUGCCAGCGCGCAUGGCAGAGAUGAUCCGCUGUAUUCAAGAACGGGACUUCCAGGGCUUUGGCCAGCUGACCAUGAAGGACAGCAACCAGUUCCAUGCUACCUGCCUGGACACCUUCCCACCCAUCUCCUACCUCAGUGACACCUCCAGGCGCGUCAUGCACUUGGUGCAUCGCUUCAAUGCCCACUAUGGGCAGACCAAGGUAGCGUACACAUUUGAUGCAGGCCCCAACGCUGUCAUCUUCACCCUGGAUGACACCAUGGCUGAGUUUGUGGCUGCUGUGAGGCACAUCUUUCCCUCCAAAUUAAAUGGGGACAAAUUCCUGAAGGGGCUACCAGUGACAUCUGUCCCGCUCUCAGAUGACCUCAAAACUUCUCUGGCCAUGGACCCCAUCCCCGGUGGCAUCAAAUAUGUCAUUGCCACUCAGGUGGGCCCUGGGCCACAAACUCUGGAUGACCCCAGCACUCACCUCCUGGGCUCCGAUGGCCUACCAAAGCCUGCCCCGUGACUACACAGAAGCACCGGACUCUUGGUUGGACAACGUACACCGACUGAAUUGGGAUAGUGGAGUGACUACCUGUGGAUAUUCUACCAUAUGCCUCAUCUUUCCCAACCUGCACUCCCACCCUAAGCAGUGAGACCCAUGGAGCCAGUAGGGAGCUGAAGAGGCUCUCCAUGCAGGGAGGUUCCCUGUGGCUUCCUAGUGUUCGCAUAAUGGCAACCCCUGGCUUCCGGGCCAGAUUUGGGACCAGACCUUGAACUUGGUCCAUGGGCAUGGUAGAAGGUUUGCUUAUGUAGAGAGCAAUGUGUGUGUCCAGGAGGAAGGGCUGGCCCUUGGGCUCCUGUGAAUAAAGCAGUGGUGUUGAAUGCC